CCCGGCCCUGGCCAGUCCCCGCCCCGCGGCGCUCUCCUCCGCCGCCCGCCUCCUUCCCUCCGCCGGGGCUGCCUCGCCUGCCUGCCUGCCUCGCCUGCCGUUGGGGAGCCGCGCUGAGGCAGCCGCUGCUGGGCCCGCUCCGACGCCGCCAUGAGCUUCUUGUUUGGUAGCCGCUCUUCUAAAACCUUUAAACCAAAAAAGAAUAUUCCCGAAGGCUCCCACCAAUAUGAGCUGCUGAAGCAUGCAGAGGCCACACUUGGAAGUGGUAACCUACGGAUGGCUGUCAUGCUACCAGAGGGUGAAGACCUGAAUGAAUGGGUCGCAGUUAAUACUGUGGACUUCUUCAACCAGAUCAACAUGCUUUAUGGGACCAUUACAGAUUUCUGCACCGAGGAGAGCUGUCCAGUGAUGUCUGCAGGUCCAAAAUAUGAGUACCAUUGGGCAGAUGGAACGAACAUAAAGAAGCCAAUCAAGUGCUCUGCACCAAAGUACAUCGAUUACCUUAUGACCUGGGUUCAAGAUCAGCUGGAUGAUGAGACACUAUUUCCAUCCAAAAUAGGUGUUCCUUUCCCAAAGAACUUCAUGUCAGUAGCUAAGACCAUCCUCAAGCGUCUCUUCAGAGUUUAUGCUCACAUCUACCACCAGCACUUUGAUCCAGUCAUCCAGCUGCAAGAAGAGGCACAUCUGAACACAUCUUUCAAGCACUUUAUUUUUUUUGUUCAGGAAUUUAACCUUAUAGACAGAAGAGAACUUGCUCCACUUCAAGAACUGAUUGAAAAACUCACUUCAAAGGACAGAUAAGCAGAAGUGGAAUGUGUACAAAUCACGUGUUUCUUUAAGCAGGCAUGUGGUGGGUUAGGGAUUUGGGCUGCAAUCCUCCACACACUCAUUGAGACCAGUGGAACUUACUCAUGAGCAGGGGUGUGGAAAAUUGUAACCUUUUAAUUUUUUUUGUUUGUUGUGUGUGGGGUUUUUUUUAAGGGGAAAAAAAGGAAAUUUGGUUUUUUCAGGCAACCUUAGACCCAUUCUCUCAGCUUUUAUUAGAGGAUCUCCUUUGCCUUUUAGUAAGGCAGGCAUAGUAAAUGGUUUUCUGUUCUUGUUCAUUGUGUAAUAUUUUUAGCAGAUGUUGAGUGUUUAUAAAGGAUUUUUUUUAAAAAAAACAUGCUUGUUGGGAAAUGUGACACUGCUGGUUGUAUGGGUCCUGCGUUGCCACUUGUAGCCCAUUCUCAGAAAGUCCUUGAGAGACUUAACUUUCUCUAAGUGCCUUGGCAGACUUGCUUCUGAGGUACAAAGCACAUACAAAGAACAUUGCUGGAAACAAAAACACCAACUACUACCCAGGAUAUUUACUAACACUUGUUAUAUAGAGAUAAAUGAUAUGUGUAAAACUUUUUUAAAAAGCAAGCCAUAACUUCUGUCGGUGAUCUCCAGCUUUUAAUACAAAGUAAUGCCUUUAUGGAUGAAUGUGGGUGACCAGGAGGGAUGGGGGAGCCUGGGGGGGCGGGGUGGGGGGGAGAGAGAAGCUAUCGUUCUUAUUUUUUAUGUUCCGCAUAGCAGCCCCUGAUAGUCUUGCAUUUACAGAGGACCAAGGAUAGCAGGGAGUUGAUCACAUUCCUCUUCUUUGUAUUUGGUCCAUUAACUUAGAUCAGCCACUGUUCUGUGGUUUUAAUGGUUUGCCAGCAGCUUGAGUGAUUCUUUAAAAUUUCCUACCCCCACUCCCAAAAAACCCCUAGCAGUCUUCGCAAGAGCAUCAAGCAACAAAAGGGGGAGGUCAGUAACAAGGAAUCUUUUCCUUAAAGUUCACCAUUCUUGCCCCCAUUUUAAUGGUAAGUUAAGGAGGUCCUUCUGACCAGGGAAUGUGAGCGCCUCAGCUGUUAGAGAUGAGAAGCUGCCUCAGAGAUUAAUUCUUCUAUCACACCCCCUCUUCCCGUCUGCUUCAGCCGAGGAAAAGAGUCCGUGUCUCAGUCAGACAACUUUUUAAACCACCACCACCAAGUGGCUUAUAUAAACCUUCGUUUUGGGACAUCCAUGAGAAACUCAGGACUCUCCAUACAGAGAAAAAACAGAUAAUGAAGCUUUUCUGAUACACACAUUAGUAUUCAUCAGGUUUUCAUUCAGUGUUCUGUAUACAAACAGAUAUUUCUUGGUGUUUGAAACUUGCAGUUUCCCUUAGUGCUUAGUUGUUAAAUGCAAAACGUAAUGAAUUUUCAUUGAAGCAUCUGUUAGGCAAGUCUGAGAGCUACGGAUGGGUCCGUGUAUGCUGGAAAGGGUGUUCAUCUGUGGAUGAAUCUGAUUGGACAGCUGCUUCGUGGAUUAGCAUCUUGACGCCCACACAUUCCAAAUGUGUGUUGUCUUACCCACUGAAAUCGUAUUGUUCGGAAUACAGGCUUGUCCUUUUUACAAUCUCAUUUACACCACGGCUUCCUGCAUUUCUGUGGUGUCAGUGAGAUUGCACAUGGAUACGUACUUUUAAACUUUUUUUUUAAGUUAUCUGGCACGCUCUGUAGCUUUUGAAGCGAUCUUGAGUUUGUAGUGUAAUCAUCUGAGUCUGGAAAUACCGGAAAUGCUGCGCAUGCACUGCAUACGCCUACUUUUCAUUUUCUGGACCUUGACGAUUAAGGAGCUAGUGCUUGGAGAAUCAUAUUAUAUGAAGAAUGCAAAUUGGUCAUAAUCCGCAAUUGGUUAUUUAAUGUGCAGGACACACUGUUUUGUUUUUUUAAUAUGCCCGUUUUGCCCAUAGAACUCCAGCUCACAAUUCUCAACUGGGAAUUCAAAUACACGAUUGAGAAUCAACUUUUUUUAAAAAAUGGAUUUAUAUAGAGCAGUUUACAAGUAAGGAUAGUUACAACCUAAAGUUUUCCUUUCCUAGCAGUCUUAAUAUUUCCCUAACAGGAGGUUUUUGGGUUUUUUUUAAGCCACAUUUGCCAGAAAAUCAUCUUUGAAUUGGGGAACCAAGAGUCAUGAAUAAAUUUAAUUUUAGGAAUGGUAGUUAUUCAACCAUACUGGGGUAAUACCUGUGUUAAAUAAUUUUAGGACUUGAGAUGUCAUUCUUUUAGUGGUUAUAGUGACUGUUCAGUAGCAAUGAGAAUAUAGUUUGUUUGGUUUUAAGGGAAAAAUAAUAAAAACUUCCAUUUGCUUUAAUUGCUGACUCUCUAGUCGCGCACUAAAAGUCUGGAGAGCACUGUCUGAAAGUGCUGUUGGUUAAACUCUGCUGGUUUGCAUUACACUUGAAAGCUCAAGCACUGAAGAUAUCAGCACAGAGUUCAGAAUGAGUAUCCCCUUUGCCUGUACUGCAAUGCAAGCUUUUAGUAUUUCAUUUUUUCCUUUUGGUCUCGAGACACAAGAUUAUUUACAGGUUUAAGAAGGGUAUGUUAAUAUUAACAACCAAAGCACUACCUGUAUUUUUCAGCUGCAAAGUUUCUUGACAAUGGAACACCGCAGUCUCAUUAAAAACAAGAGUUACAGUCCGGAAGGGUUUUUUUUUAAUUUUAAAGGGAUACUCUGCUAAAUACUGGACUGCUUUUUGAUAUUAAACAUUAGCCAUUCAGGCCUGAUGAACUCUGGGAACAGGCUACAUUUCUAGGCUACCUUUCUAAUCACAGCCAGCAAGGUUUGAACACUUUUCUACUUCCAUUACGAAGGAAGAGCCUGAUAACAUCAAGGCAGUCUGAAAGGAUUUUGCCCGGAUUUAACCUACUAGUGUGUUUCCUGUCGAUGAUAUGGUUGGUAACUUUGAGACAAAUUAUAUCUUAAUGAAGUGACAGGGCAAAUUGGAUGUCAGUCAUAAAGAUAGUUGCAAGUCCAUUGAAACCAGCUGUGUUGUGCUUUUUUAGGCCAGUGAUUCAUUUUAUCCAGAGAGUUUAUGUUGGUAAAACAGAACUUUUGAAUUCUGUCCACAAAAAUCGUACGCCUAGUUUGCAUAUUCAUGUCAGGGAUCCAUGCUCAUAGUACAGGUAUAAAAAUGUCCCAUAUUCUGCUAUUAGCAGUAACUGGGCUUUAGAGAGAACAACUUUUUUUUCCUUUUUGUAUUUAAAAAAAAUCAGUAAAAUAGAGAACAUCUUUCAAAAGGACAUAUGUCCUUUUUUACAAGUGCAUGCCAAGUUUUCUUUCACUGCCUACUAUGCAAUGUAGAACUCUUGAAUAUCUGCAGUUACCUUAAAAUAGUAAACCAGAGGCUUUGUCCGUUUUAUUUUGGAACGGAAAUCUUUCUUCGAAGCUCUCUUUACAGACAAAAGCCUAUUUGCUGCUAUUAACUGCUCUUACCCUUUAGAUUUUUCAUUUCUGUCAGCAUUUACCUUGGUUCGCCAUACAAUUAAAAAAUGGACUUGGUGAUGUCUUCAACCAACCAACACUUCUCAAUUUCUCUUGGAAUUCUAUAUUAUUGUAGGUAAAAUACCAAAUUUUGAUUUUCUUAAAUCAUAACAUGAAGGCAGAUCUGCCAAUUAAAAAAAACUGCAACGUGCCUGUGUUGCCGUUAUUAUUAUUAUUUGCAUUGCAUUUCUUUAAUGGGCUAGGACCCUUAGGGAUUUUCUAGACUGCAUUGCUAGAACCACUAGCCACUUUAGGAGUGAGAUAUUAACAUUUAUGUUAAAGUUUAUUUGCUAUUUUAUUUCUGUCAGUUGUACACCUACCUUUCUCCUUUUAAAAAUAUUGUUUCCUCCUAAAAUUGCAGAGUAACUCAGAUUUUAAAAUGCUUUUUCUUCCCCCCACCCCCAAAGAACUCGUUUCAAUAGUUUUUCAUAGAUUACUGUAUUUUUAGGGGAAGUUAAUUUUUAUAGCCACUAAACUGUACUCUUUAUUUUUGUACAUAUAUAACUUGUCAUUUGGGAACACAAGUCUUUUGAGAAGUCAUUCGAUUCAAUGUUUUGAAUACAUUUAUUUGCAGAUGUUACGUUGCUAAAUAUUUGCCAUAAGAAUACCUUUUGACAUAUAGUGGAGUGGGGCUCACUGGUAGCCCUGCUAAAUUGGGACUGUGGAUGGAUCCACCUAAUUCCUGUUAUGUGGCUCUUAGAUAUAGUAUGAGAAAAGAGAAACUAGAAAAAGCGUAUGGACCCAGUCAGUUGUGCUGACAGGGGAAUCCCAUGGGAACAGGAUGGUUCUCCAACACCAGCCGGGAGAGUGCAUUCACAGCAGCCCCUGGCUGAGGACUGCUUUUAUACAGUCUGCAGAACUGAAUAGCACAACUUGUUGGACUAAACCACUUUCAGCUGCAAUGGGGUGAAAAAAAUCUCAGCACAAGCGUACUGGGGGGCAGACUGGGUUGAGCUCAUAUGCACAACACGCUCAGUACUUGUACAUUUGAAGAGUUUUACUUAUGCAGGGAGUCCUUGAACAUGCAAUUCCUAGCCUGCACUUUGGUGCCACAGUCCAGAAAAAGCAGCUCACCCCACUUGAUUCUGCUGAUUGUAUAAGACCACUCAUACUUCACCAUCCCUUCCCUCAAAAAGCUUAAUUUUACGCUGCACCUGAAAUUUGCCUUCCUGUUUGGAUUUCACACAGUGACUCCCCAAACCUGGCGCCCAGCCUGUUUAGCCGAGGCAAAAAGGGUAUUGCAGAUGCAAUAUUUAUAAUCUCCAUGUCUGCUUCUUUCGAUAUUUCAAAGCAGCUGGGGGAAAAAAAACAAAAAGCUUAAAUAUAAAAUACAAUACAGAGACCUGUACUGUAAGCGGACUGUGCCAAUAUUACUUCAGUUUGUAGUCAUUAUUGAUCAGUUCUUGUUUUAAAUGAAAAUGGCUUUUUGAUUUAAAAAAAAAAAAGUUGAAUGUCUGAAAAUCUGCAACACAUGUAUUGGAGAGAUGUAAAUAAUGUAUACAGAUUGUUGUAAGUGAUGGGAUGAAAAAAAAUAUAAAUUCUAGGCUUUUUCAGUAAGAAACUGAAUGCUGUUUAUAAGAAGAAAAAUAAAUAGCUAUGUUUGACCAUGA